AUGUUACGACACACGUCAAACAUCGGAAUUGCAAAAGACGGGUACAAUUGAAUGAAACCUCCGAAGCUUCUCCAACUCGCUGUUAUAAAUAGAUAAAAAGUAGUAGUUACCUCCCUUUCGCUGAACCCCUCGCUUAACUUUAGUCCCUGGGAUCCAAAAUGAGUAAAUUGACUAAAUUCUCAAGCAAGGAUAUUAUCAGUGAUCUGCCUCGAAGCAUUCAUGAUUUGAUUCUAACGAAACUGCCAAUAAGGGAUGCUGUAAGAACCAGCGUUCUGUCUAGCAAGUGGAGGUAUCAAUGGAAAACCAUGACAGAACUCGUAUAUGAUGACAAGAGUUUAUGUCUUCGCGAUGACAAAAACGUUGCUGAGAAAGAAUUUGUGGACUUUAUCAUGCGAUUUCUUAUGCUUCAUGAUGGCCCUAUUCUGAAGUUCAAACUUUCUGCAUCGUACUUGAAAGAGUCUACUGAAAUUUAUCAAUGGCUACUUGUCAUAUCAAUGAAAGAUAUAAAAGAGUUAGUUCUUAAUGUACCCGGACAUAAAUGGAAGUGGGAUUACCCAGGGUUGUCCAUACCUCGUAUUAUAUUUACUUUUCAAAAACUGAACAGACUGAUGCUUUCUGCGUUUACUGUCAAACCUCCUGUAGAAUUUCAAGGAUAUCCAUGUCUAAAGUACCUUGAGCUACAUGGUGUUACCAUUACACUUAAGGUCAUUGAAAACCUUAUUUCAGGCUGCCCCCUUCUUGAAAUGUUUAAAUUUUGUAAUAUGGACAAGCUAGCUUUGACCAUCCGUGCCCCAAAUCUGAAGCAUCUUAUUGUGGAAGGAAAUUUUGAAGACUUAUAUCUUAAAGACACACCACUUGUGGUUGCUAUGAGCAUAUGUUUCUAUCCAUUGGCUUGGAGAGGUGAUAUCCUUCGGAAGGUUCCUGUUACAUAUGAUUAUCUAAAGUCCAUUGAAAUAGGAAACAUGGAUUAUGAAGACUUGGAUAAAGUGGUGUAUGUUCUUCACCUCCUUUUGCAGUCCCCUAAUCUACAGGAACUUCAAAUAUCAUCCCCUGAUCUUUCACUUGACGUAAGGGAUAUGUAUGGUCAUGGUGAAGCACCCGAUCCUCCUCAUUAUAAGACUGCAGAUUUUGACAUUUGGGAGAGGCAAUGUCCUGCAGAUUUCACAUUUAAACAUCUUAGAACAGCGAAGUUGUCACACAUUAUCAGCAAAAAUGAAAUGGAAUUCGUCAGAUUUUUGCUUGGACGUUCUCCGCUGCUUGAGGUGAUUAGCAUAUCACUUGAUACUGAAUAUGGUGAAACCUUGGAGCCGGUGAAUGAAGUGUUGCGUUUUCGACGAGCUUCUCCUGGGGUUGAAAUAAGUUUCUUUCAGGGUUCACCUCGUUAUUUAAUCUAAUGUCUUCCCUUCUCCCUUUAUCUUAGCUGCUUAAUGUUGUCAUUCCUUGGAUCAGAUUGCACGCGGGAAAACAAUCAGUUUUGCAAAAUAAUUCCACAGCACAGAUUGCAGCUGUGGUGGGCUUGUGUAGUCAAGUUGUUGCAUUUGAGC